AUGGAAUACAUGAAUCACAGUAUUGUGACUGAAUUCAUCCUUCUGGGCUUUAUGGAACAUCCAGAGCUGUGGACCAUUCUCUUCCUGGCAUUUAUCUUGAUCUACAUUGUCACAGUGUCAGGAAAUCUUGGCAUCAUCAUCCUAACCACCCGUGAUGCACACCUUCACACUCCCAUGUACUUUUUCCUCAGCAACCUGUCCUUGGUUGAUAUUGUGUAUUCCACUACUAUCGCACCCAGGUUGCUGAUGACCUUUGUAGCGAACAAUGCUAUUCCGUUCACAGAGUGCACCAUGCAAUUCUUCUUUUUCUGUAUGUUUGCCACAGUUGAAGCUUGCCUUCUAGCUGUUAUGGCUUAUGAUCGCUUUACUGCCAUUUGCAACCCAUUACUCUAUUUCGUUGCUAUGUCUAAGAAGCUCUGUUUGCGCUUAGUAAUUUGUGCAUACAUGUGUGGUUUUGUGAAUUCAGCUAUUCGUACUUCAUUCAUAUUUAGCCUGUCCUUCUGUAGCUCAAAUGUUAUCAAUCAUUUCUUUUGUGAUGCCACUCCCAUCCUGAAACUUUCUUGUUCAAGCACACAGGUGGCUGACACUGUGCACUUUAUCUUUGGUAUUGUGGGAAUCCUACCCACUUUGAUGAUUAUCCUCAUCUCCUAUACCUACAUCAUUUUUGCCAUCCUGCGGAUUCGCUCUGCCCAGGGCAGACACAAAGCUUUUUCCACUUGUGCCUCUCACUUCAUGGCCGUUACAAUCUUCUAUGGGACCAUUAUCUUUAUGUAUCUGAGGCCCAAUUCCAGUGUCUCAAAGGAUGAAGAUAAAUUUGUUUCAGUGUUCUAUACUCUUGUGAUCCCAAUGCUAAAUCCAUUCAUCUACAGUCUGAGAAAUAAAGAUGUGAAGAAUGCUUUCCUAAGGAUGACAGGGAAUAUUUCAUUAAAUUAA